UCUAGUAUUUUAGCUUUGCUUUUUGUUUGUGAGGAAUCAAAUUUUUUUGAUGUUUGAUUCCAGUGGUUCAUAGCUAUGUAUUUUUAAGGGUUCUACUUGGUAGGAAUUCAUGUACUAGAAUGGAUUGUUUUGUUAGGAUAUUAAGGAAACUUGAUUUGAAGUAAGACACAACACUGAGCCCCACUUAUCAAAUCACUCAUAUCUACUUAAUAGUGUCACCUGUGACUGAUACUACUGCACUGAAAUUUCUCUACCUGGUGAGUUUGCUGCAGUGGUGCAGUACCUUCAAUUAACUUAGUGUUUUUCCAUUUUUGAAUCUGCUGAGCAAUUACGGCUUUCAACCCUGUCUUCCUGUUGAUCUGCAUGUGUUUUCCUGCAAUUAGUUGCAAAAAGAGAAGAAACGAAAAUUCAUUUGCCUAGUCAAGAGACUGGCAAAAUUUGGAAAAUGAAUAGAGUAUUAGCAGACAAAUUUGGAGUAUUCUUUAGUUCGCAAGAAAGGCUGUCAUCUAUAUGCACACAGAAAACCAAACCAAAUCAGUCCGUUUUCUUGAGUCAUGGUCCUGGAGAUGUUGUGGCCGAGUAUUAUCAGCAGCAGGUGGAAAUGCUGGAGGGUUUUAACGAAAUGGAUGCCUUGACAGAUCGGGGAUUUCUGCCUGGAAUGUCAAAGGAAGAGCGUGAAAAAGUUGCUAAAAGUGAGACUCUGGCCAUUCGAUUAUCAAAUGUUGCAAACAUGGUUCUAUUUGCUGCAAAAGUCUAUGCUUCAAUAAGGAGUGGUUCGUUAGCUAUUAUUGCAUCCACAUUAGAUUCUCUACUUGAUCUGUUAUCUGGGUUUAUCCUGUGGUUUACUGCAUUCUCUAUGCAAACUCCAAAUCCCUACCACUACCCUAUUGGGAAAAAACGCAUGCAGCCGCUGGGGAUUCUAGUUUUUGCCUCUGUUAUGGCAACACUUGGUCUCCAAAUAAUCUUAGAGUCAGUGCGCUCUCUAAUAUCUGAUGAAAAUCAGUUCAGCUUGACGAAUGAACAGGAGAAGUGGGUGGUAGACAUCAUGCUAUCUGUGACAUUGGUGAAGCUCGCGCUUGUCAUAUACUGUCGCUCAUUCACAAAUGAAAUUGUUAAGGCUUAUGCACAGGACCAUUUCUUCGAUGUGAUCACCAAUGUCAUCGGCCUUGUUGCUGCACUUCUCGCCAAUUAUGUUAUAUAUUGGAUCGACCCAGUUGGAGCUAUCAUUCUGGCGUUGUACACGAUCCGCACAUGGUCGGCGACUGUGCUCGAAAAUGUGAACUCCUUGGUGGGCCGGUCUGCUGCGCCGGAGUUCCUGCAGAAGCUAACUUACCUCUGCUGGAACCACCAUAAGGCCAUCAGGCACAUCGACACGGUGCGCGCCUACACCUUCGGUUCGCACUUCUUUGUGGAAGUGGACAUUGUCUUGCCCUCCGAAAUGCCCCUUCGCGAGGCCCAUGACAUCGGGGAGUCACUGCAGGAGAAGCUGGAGCUGCUGCCCGAAAUCGAGCGCGCGUUCGUCCACCUCGACUACGAGUUCACUCACAGGCCCGAGCACGCCCAGGCCCACGAUUCGUAGGCCCGAUCGGCUCACGAAAGCGAUUUAGUUCGCCGGUAGUUUUAAUUUUGGUCUUAUAGUGAUCUUGUUGCGAUUUACGAUGAAAUUGUAUAUUUAAGCAUGUUCUGUAUGUCUAUGAUCAGAAUUUUCACUUUCAGCUAGUGUUUCUUUACUGGUGCUGGUCUACCUUGGCCUCAUCAGUGACAACAAUUAGUUACGUUGGUUGUACCUGGUCUACCGUGUUAGCAGCGAACAACACUGAAGUAAAUUAUCGCCUGAACCUGGUUCACCAA